UUGACGGAAGCGGGUUUCUCCCUUUCCCAAUGACACGGCAUUCUGUUUGUUCCGCAAAACUCUCGCUCCUUCCACACACACCUCAUAAAACAAAAGAAUUGCUGUCAGUCCAACAAUCCACAAAAGCAAUCAAAUAUUGUUAGUACAGUCGUAGCAUCAUGAUGCUCAGCGAUGAAGUCCAGCUUGGGUUUGCCCUCCAAGCAUUUGGAAAUGCCUCUGGUUUGGGGCCGUUCUGGGCAAGCCAGUUCCAUCUCUACCUGACCAAAGCUGGUAUCAACUCCAUGUCCGUCUUGGCGACAGGUUGCCGAGAAGAGACUGUAAACAUGGACUUGGAGUUUAUUGGCGUCACCGAGAAACUAAGCGACAAAACCAUAAAACAGCUCCUCAUCUUCCUUCCCGGUCCCAUGGGAUACCGCUGCUUUCGCUUGGCUCAGAUGGCUGCCAAGAAGGUGAAGGCAGGAGAGGCAGAUGCCAAGUACAUUCACCGUCCUGAAAAUGGAAUGAAGGGCGACGAAGUUUUCAAGAUUAAUCAUGAGGGAUCUUGGAAGUUGCAUGUGGAUUGUGCCGGCUUUGUUCGUUCUACUCUGCAGCAUGUCACCAAGGACAAGAAGUUUGUGCUGGCUCUCAGCGAUCGAUCCUUCAUGCGUGCCAAGGACUUUUAUCGGUUCUUUGAAACAGUGCCGUACAGCGUCACAGACUCGGAUAUUCUUCAAGAAACAGACAUGCGCAUGCAAUGGCGCUUGGUGCGAGACUUGAGACUUGUCAUUCCAGGAGAUAUUAUUGUCUACAGACCCAAAGGAAGCGCAGCUGGAGGGGCUGCAUUCACCACGAAUGACCGAUCCGACCUGAGGCAUCUGCUCAAGGCUGUCAAGACUGCAGAAAUUUGGCAUCAAGAAGAAGAGGAAUGGAAGAACUUGGUCUCCCGUAAUGUAUGCCGUGAUCCGGCUGUCAAAACCUGGGUCGAUGCGACUCGCAACAAGCUAGCAAACAUUGGAAUCUUCACCGUCAAGGAUCUCCGGUCGAAAAUGGGCUCGGUCAACGACAUGCUCCAGAAAGCUGGUGAAGAUCCACUCUCAAGCAAGAUGCUUCGAUUGAUGAAUGAAUGUGCCAACACGCAAGCAUUGAACACGGGCCACAUUGUGUUUGCAUCGGGCCCUGCAGAGCUCAAAGGUGACAGUGAAUACCGCAUCAGAGUAGUUCAUUCCACAAAGUAUGGUGUGCCAGACAACAAGGGCAACACCACGGAAGGUGUCCAAGAGUACUUUAAACGUUUCCACCUGGUGACUGGCCCCAAUGGCGAAGAAAGAUGGACCCGUGAAAUGAAAAAGGCUCCUGCUGAGAGCGAAGCGAGAGAUGACGGAGACACGGAUGAUGAAGACCUGGACUAUGAUGAUGACGAUGACCUGAAUGACACCACCUCGGAUGACAGCACACAAGACAAGGAGAUGGAGGAAGCUGGAGACGAUUUGGCGGGUGCAGUCAACGUUGAAGUUCUUGCCGCACGAAUGUGUUUCUGAGCGCGGAGUCAGAGGGGGCCUUGGGCAGCUUCCCAUUCAACACAGCCGACCUGCCAAAGAGCAGCAAUUGACCCUCCUCUGCAACCGAGCAAAUCCAUCCAAACAAAACCUUUCAGGGCGACUCUUAGUCUGUCGAAUUGUCCAGGACACUCUUCUUUUCUUAGGUUACCAGCGGUAGCGGCACGGUACACAAUCGAUGGUUGUACUACAUGUACCGGUAGCUUUCACAGGAUUUUGUAAUAAUGCAAAUGCAUUUGCCACGCCACAUCCAAAGAACGCAAUCUCGUAGCAUAGUAGGUCCAGCAGCCUAUUGUAUCCAAGGAAUUGAGC